AUGGCUACCCCUAGUGUUCUAGUCUUUGAUGCUGAGGGUGGGGCUGUUGACUUUGAGGUCUGGGUUGAUGAUCUACAGCUUUUCCUACAGUGCGAUAGGAAGGACGGUCUCUCCCAGUUCGAUCUCACGUCUGGCGCCUCUAUUGCCCCUGCUGCCGAUACUGACAGCACUGUUCGCUCACAGUGGGCCACACGCGAUGUUGCUGCCCGACUUGCUGUGCGUAGUCACUUGCCAUCCACUGAGCGCGCGCACUUUAGUCAGUACAAGAGUGCUAAGAACUUGUACGAUGCUGUAGUUGCACGCUACUCUUCCCCUGCCACUCCUGCCCUUAGCCGCCUUAUGCUGCCGUACCUGUUUCCUGACCUCGCCGCCUUUCCCACUGUCGCUGACCUCGUUACGCACUUUCGCACUAGUGACACCCGCUACCGCGCUGCGCUUCCUGCUGAGUUCUGCGCCAAGAACCCCCCCCCCCCCCCCCCCCCCAUGUACAUCACCCUCUACUACAUAGUCACCCGGCUCCCUGACUCCCUUCGCUCGGUCAGGGACCACUUCCUCUCUGUUUGCCCCACCACACUCACUGUUGACCUCCUCGAGGAGCGCCUCCUGGCAGCUGAGAAGAGUAUAGUCGCUGUAGGAGCCUCUCGUGGUGACCCUCGUGCCCUCGUCUUUGAGGGGUGCUCCCGCUCCCCCCUUUUGCCCUCUGUUGCCUUUGCUGCUGCCGUCGACUUCGUUGGCACGAAGUCGGUCGGCGCUGCGUCUGCCCCUAGCGGGCGACGCCGCACCGGCAAGGGCAAGGGGGGCAAGGGCGCUAUAGGGGCUGGCGGGGGCGGUGGAGGUGGCGGUGGAGGAGGCGGAGAGAGUGGGGGUGGUGGUGGGAGUGGUGGCUUGGGUGGGGGCUUCGGUGGCGGCGGUGGAGGCGGAGGCGGCGGCGGCGGUGGCGGUGGGAGCGGAGGAGGAGGCGGUGGCGGCGGUGGCGGAGGUGGCGGCGGAGGAGGUGGAGCUAGUCGGGGUGGCUCUGCGCAGCGGGGUGGCUUCGGUGGUGGUCAGCGCCAGCAGCAGCAGCGCACUCGUGAGACCCCGCCCCCCCAGCAGCUUCGUGAGUGGUACUCUGCGCGUCAGCGGGGUGGGGGUGCUGGUCCCUGUGCAUACGUCCUGCGUACCGGCGACCGCACUAUUGAGCCGUGCGGUGGCCCGCACACCACCCAGCGCUGCUUCGGCCGCCUAACGGACGCUUGGCGUCUCCAGUUCGGUGGCGCCACUGAGAUCCCCCGCUGGGGCGAGCUGCUUAGGUCGGGGGUUGCUAUCUUGGAUCUGGAUUAUGAUGCUAUUCCUGCUGCCAUGUAUGUUGUGUCUACUAGUGAUGAGGGUGAUUGUUACCUGUGUGUUCCGCCUGACCUGGGCAUUGAGGCUGCUGCUCUAGAUACUGGUGAGGCUGCUUCUCUAGGUGCUAGUGCGUCUGCUGCCCCAGGUGCUGGUGAGUCUGCUCUCUCAGGUCUGUACCUCCCCUCGUUCUCUACGAACUUGGUGAGUGGUGCUGAUCUACAGGAUGGGGGGGUUGACCAGUUCCCUCCUGCGAGUCAGCGGGUGACCCACUGUAUGUGUGCUCGGACGGGCUGA